AUGGAAGCCUGUGUUUAUAAACAGCAAUAUGUCCAAAAAGAAAUUCAGCAAAAUGUGUCGCUACAACAAAUGGGGAUUGACAACAGUUCUGAGAAGAUCCAGAGCCUCUCUACCACCGUGCAAACCCUGGCCACCCGGCUCUGCCAUGAGCUUCGGAAAAAAGAGCCAGAGCACAAAUGUAAGCCUUGUCCGUGGAAUUGGCUGUGGCACGCAAACAGAUGCUAUCUUCUGUAUUAUGUUCCCGACACCUGGAAAAACAGUGAAAAGUUAUGUGCAGACCGCAAUGCCAGCCUGCUGAAGAUUAACAACAAGGACACACUGGAGUUUGUGAAGUCCCAGGAGCUGUAUGACUACUGGCUUGGCGUUCCUCCCAGACAGGACAACAGGAACUACGCCACCGCGAACUGGCGCAUUACGUCUGCUAUCUGGUUGAAGAGCAACACCAGCGGCUUCAAGGGAAAGUAUUGUGGAUAUAUGACUUACGACAUGUACAUUUUUUAUGAUUUCUGUUCUAUAAAGAAAUAUGCAAUGUGUGAGAAAAUGGCUGACCCGGUGCGGGUGGAAAACUCCUUCAUGUGUGAAGAGGGAGCGACUCACACUGAUGUGAACGACCAGAACUCGGGAAAGAUAGAGAAGUUGGACAAAAUGGAGACCAAUGUAAACAUUUUGAGUUAUGAAUUGCAGUAG